AUGCAGGCCGCAAGGACGGCUCCGGAAAUUGCAAAUAUUUUGAUGGAUGCCGGUGCCUCCCACGAAGCAGGUCAUCCUGUCGGUCAUUCUCCACUUAGUUUGGCCCUGGAAACGGGCAACUUGCCCGUGGUCAAGUUCUUUCUUGAAACAGGGGCUGAUCCCAAUACUGACAAUGGAGUCUGUUGGGAAUUCUACAAGGCAGCAACGGUAACCCAAACAGAAGCAGCCCGGCUGCUCGUCGACUACAUCAAUGUGGAUCAGGCAGUUCAAGAUCCCGACGAUUACGGCUUGCUCCAAGUAGAAGCGGCGGCUGUUGAUUUUGUGGAUCUGAUGAAGCAGCUCCUUGAACAUUGCCGUUUCGCUCCUGAGGCUGAAUCCUCGAUCCGGGCUUUUGACUGGGCUAUAGGCUAUGGACACCUUGAGAUGGUGAAGCUAUUACUGGAUCAUGGCGCCGAUCCAAAUGCUAAUGCAGAUACAGAGCCCCCGAUCUAUCUCGCCAUGGUCCAGGGGCGUGAUGAGAUUGGGCGGGUCCUUUCCUUCCAAAGGAGCACGGAGCCCCCUGUCUCCUAG